AUGAAAAAUCGUCAACAAAAUCAUUCCAAUAACAAUAACUUGGAAUGGAUGAAUAAAAACAAUAAGAAACAAAUAACAUAUCAAAAUAUACACGACAAAAAAUUAGAAAAAUCAUUAAUUGGCAAAAAUAAACACAAUCAACCAAAUAGUGAAGGAAAUUGUCAUAUCAACAAAACAUUAGACACAUCAGACGUGAUCAACGUAUCGAAUUAUAAUUUAACACAAGAUCAAAAAUUCUUAUUGUCAAAAGGAUUAAAAUUUAUACCUACACCACAACAAAUCAAUGUUAUUCUACUCAUCACUAAUACAGAGUCAGCACUGUCACCAACACCAAUCACAAUUAAAAUAAAUGUGGAAACCUCGGAUUUAAAUCCGAGAGUUAUGUGUACUUCAAAAAGUGAAUUAGACAGAUGA